UUCUGCCUCUGGUGUGGACCUAGUGAUGCUGCUUAACAUGUUCAACGGAGGAAAUUCCAGAUGCUCUCCAACUGUUUUGCUUGUUUUCAUCUUAUUUUCCCAGUUCUGGGUAACCAACAUGUCAAAACCUAACAUUUUGCUCUUAAUGGCAGAUGAUCUUGGAUAUGGUGAUUUGGGAUGCUUUGGUAAUGAUACUAUCAGGACACCAAAUAUUGAUCGGCUAGCAAAAGAAGGAAUAAAACUUACUCAGCAUAUCAGUGCAGCAUCUCUUUGUACUCCAAGCAGAACUGCUUUCCUGACUGGUAGAUAUCCCAUCAGAUCAGGCAUGGCAGCCACAACUGAGCGACGUGUCAAGUCAGGGCCUGGUACCAUAGGAGGGCUGCCCAGAAAUGAAACCACAUUUGCUACGUUAUUACAGCAGCAAGGCUACACUACUGGCUUAAUAGGAAAAUGGCACCUGGGUUUGAACUGUGAAUCCCACAAUGACCACUGCCACCAUCCUUUACACAAUGGCUUUGAUUAUUACUACGGUGAUCCUUUCACUCUUGAGAAUGACUGUCUGAGUUGGGAAUCUUCUCAGUUUAGAUUAAAAGAUGGUCCAAUUCACAUUCAAAUAGUUGCCCUUUUGUUGUUUACUCUUCUGACUGGAAAGAUUAUUGGUUUGGUUUCUUUGAAAUGGAAAAUAGUUUUCUUCAUUAUCUUGUGUGGCAUUCUCUAUAUUAUCUACAAUAUUGCCUAUUAUUUAAUUCUGCAAUCCUGGAGAUGUCUGAUAUUCAGAAAUCAUGAAAUCAUUCAACAACCACUGAAGCUAGAGGAUGCGGCUUUCAGGACAGUGAAGGAAGCCGUCUCAUUUAUUGAAAGAAACAAAAAAAAGCCAUUCCUCCUUUUUGUUUCAUUCUUACAUGUCCACAUACCAUGUUAUAGCACCAAACUGUUCCGUGGAACAAGCCAGCAUGGUGUAUAUGGAGACAAUGUUGAAGAGAUGGAUUGGAUGGUUGGAAAAAUUCUUGCUACUCUUGACAAAGAGGGCUUGACGAAUGACACUUUUACUUACUUUACUUCAGAUAAUGGAGGAAGUAUGUAUAUGCAAUGGGGUGAACGGCUGGGUGGCUGGAAUGGUAUAUUCAAAGGUGGAAAGAGCAUGGGUGGUUGGGAGGGAGGAAUCCGUAUGCCUGGAAUAGUUAGAUGGCCAGGAAAGAUCGCCGCUAAUACCAUCCUUGAUGAACCCACAAGCCUGAUGGAUAUUUUCCCCACAGUGGCUCAUUUGGCUGGGGCACCAGUGCCACAAGACAGGAUAAUUGAUGGCAAGAACCAGAUAGCAUUACUGCUGGGAACUGUUCAGCGCUCAGAGCAUGAAUUUAUGUUUCAUUACUGUGGGACACAUUUACAUGCAGUGCGUUGGCAUGAGAAGGAGAAUGGAGCUCUCUGGAAGGUCCAUUAUGUGACUCCAAACUUGCAACCAAACGGGGCUGAAGAAUGUUAUGGAAAAAUCCUAUGCCCAUGUUCUGGAGACGACGUAACCUAUCAUAACCCGCCUUUGCUUUUUGACCUCUUAAAAGACCCUUCAGAAUCCACCCCACUCUCCCCAACUUCUGAACCACGUUUUGACACCAUUAUAAGCCAAGCUGAAAAAGCAGUGACAGAACACCAGAUGACUAUCACUCCAGUCCCUAAUCAACUGGAUCUGCCCAGUAAUCAAUGGAAAGCAAAUCUACAACCAUGUUGUGGAAUUUUCCCUUUCUGUUGGUGUGAUAAAGAAACCAAUAAUUUCUGAAGGAACUGUCAAAGAAAAAAUCUUGCCUGUUAAUAAA